AUGCUGAAAAUGGAAAAAAUAAAACAUUAUGAAAAAUUAAAGUUUUAUAAUUAUGUUCCAGUAAAUAAAGAGCUAAAGGCAUGUUGUAUAUCUUGUCCUGAUACUGAAAAAUAUGAGCUUGAAUUAAAUGAGCAAUUGGAAGAGGAAUUAAAAAAUGUAUUUCAAGGUAACAUAUUAGAUCAAAUUCAUGCAAAAAAUAUAAAUGCUGAUUUGAAAAGAGAUUUACAAAAAAAAAUGAAUAUUCUAUCUAAAAGAACAGAUAAAGCAAUUAUCGAAUUAAUUAAAAGGAAAAUAAAUGACAAUAAAAAUAAUCAAGCUAUUUAUAAUGAAAAUGAAGAUGAGAAUACAUGUAUGACUUUAGAUCUUAACAAAAAUAAUGAUGCCAAAUUUGGCCAUAUUUUACAUGAAACUCUUAAUAAAUUGGAUAACAUGGAUGAAUCAGAUUAA